UCCGGCGGCUGCGGGCGGGGAGCGGCCGCCGCGGCCCGGGGAGGCCGAGGAAGGGGAGGGCGGCCAUGGACAGGUUCUCGUGGACCACCGGGCUGCUGGAGCUGGGGGAGACGCUGGUGGUCCAGCAGCGCGGCGUGCGCCUCAGCGACGGGGAGGAGAAGGUGAAAUUUGAUAGUGGAGUGUUACUGCUUAGCACACACAGACUAAUCUGGAGGGAUCAGAAGAAUCAUGAGUGCUGCAUUGCUGUACCUCUAUCUCAGAUCGUAUUUAUUGAAGAGCAAUCAUCCGGGAUAGGAAAAAGUGCUAAAAUAGUAGUUCAUCUUCAUCCUGCUUCUUCAAACAAAGAGCCUGGUCCAUUCCAAAGCAGCAAAUAUUCUUACAUCAAGCUUUCUUUCAAAGAACAUGGGCAGAUUGAGUUCUAUAGACGGUUAUCAGAAGAAAUGACCCAAAGGAGAUGGGAGAGCAUACCUACUGGUCAAGCCAUGCAAGUUAACAAGGAUACACAAGCAGGAAGAAUAAGGGCUGUAGGAAUUGUAGGGAUUGAAAGGAAAUUAGAGGAAAAAAGAAAAGAGACUGACAAAAACAUUUCCGAGGCUUUUGAGGAUCUUAGCAAACUAAUGGAGAAGGCUAAGGAAAUGGUGGAGUUAUCCAAGUCAAUAGCUAAUAAGAUUAAAGAAAAACAAGGUGACAUCACUGAGGAUGAGACUAUUAGGUUCAAGUCCUAUCUCCUGAGUAUGGGUAUAGCUAAUCCAGUUACUAGGGAAACAUAUGGAUCUGGUACACAGUACCACAUGCAACUGGCAAAGCAACUAGCUGGAAUACUGCAGACACCAUUAGAGGAGCAAGGAGGGAUCAUGUCGCUCACAGAAGUGUACUGUCUGGUGAAUCGAGCGCGAGGGUUAGAGUUGCUGUCACCAGAAGAUUUAGUAAAUGCUUGUAAAAUGCUGGAAUCACUGAAAUUGCCAAUAAGGCUUCGGAUAUUUGACAGUGGUGUGAUGGUGAUUGAACUCCAGUCUCAUAAUGAAGAGGAAAUGGUAGCUUCUGCUUUAGAAACAGUAUCUGAAAAGGGUUCUCUCACAGCUGAUGAGUUUGCCAAGCUGGUGGGGAUGUCUGUUCUCUUAGCCAAAGAAAGGCUUCUUCUUGCUGAAAAGAUGGGCCAUCUUUGCAGAGAUGAUUCAGUGGAAGGCUUGAGAUUCUACCCAAAUUUAUUUCUGACACAAAGCUAAUGUCAUUUGUAUACAAUGUUUUAUGUAACAGUUGAGAGCAGAGGGCAGAAUCCUUCCAAGAACUGACUUAAACAUUUUAUUUUGUUAUCAACUGCAACAAACAUGAACAUUGCAAUGCUUUACAGUUCUCAGGUAUUUCAAGUGCUGAAUCCUCUUACAUGAAACUGAAAGGAAACAGAAAUCACAAAGUCAGAAGCAUGUCAAUUGUCUCAAGCCAACUCGCUCAUUUUUCACAUUUUAUUUGAUGUGCUCUAUAGUUUCUCAUUUCAAGAGAAGUCAAAUGAAGAUUCUACGCAAGUGAAAGUGGAGAGAAUAUCCCUGUAGUCUUCCAUGAGGGUCAGCACCCAGAAGACAGGUUACUGCAUACUCCAAUUUCAAUUUGUUUAUGUCUAGAGUAACAAAGCAGAUAGAUGUAUCCGCAGUGAUAAGAAAAGUCACUUGAGUGUGUACUGAGGGGUAAGGAACAAACCAGUGUAGAAUAACCGUUUCUCCCUGAAGUGAUGAACAGUUUUCUAAGAGAGGAUCUUGGGGUUCUGUACUUUGAUACAGAAAGAACUUGCUGCUGGAGAGAUUAUUGUAUUUUAUGUGAAUCUAGAAAUCACGGUGUUUAUUUUGUCAUAUCUUAUGCUAGUAUUUCAGAUAGAAACAUUGUUAGCACAGACUUCCUCCCUUCUCUUUCCUUGCCAUCUUCCUUCCUGUCAAUUUAUGUUGCACUUUGGGUGCCCUUUCUCUGUCCUCUCUAGCAGAGUAGAGCAGCCUCUCGACACUCUUCCAGUCUCUGUGCUUUAAGGGGCUUAGUUUUUACCUUGUACUUCUUACAAAAGAUCAUUUGUUUGUUUCAUCAGCUGGUCACCUGUUUCAAGGAGGCAGUUCGUUUGCUUAUCUCUCAUUAUGUGAAAAUUAAUAUGCUUUCAGUAUUGAAUGGAGGAGGACGACUAUCACCCUGUGCUUAAUAAUCACAAGGUAUCAUAUUGUUUGGUAUUCCUCACCCUGUGUUCACACUGAAUGCAAUUUGAUAGCCUCAGUUUUCAUAACUCCAGUGGAGUUGCUACACUACUUGAAGAUCUGUUGUCAUGAUAAUAACACUUAAGUGGAUGUUUAUGAUCCACAUCACCUAAAUUUUUGGCAUUUUGAAGAGACGAUUUUUAGUAAAUAACAAAAUUAAUUCAAGGUAUGGGCAAGGACAACAUAUAGGUAACUGCAUUGGGGUUGUAAUGGCCAAAUCAGAAUUACAAGAAAGGACAAAGAGGUUUUUCAUAAGAGCCUGAAAAUAUUUUCAGAACUAUUUCAGUGUUACCAUAGCUUAGAAAUGGGUUAAGAGCCUGCCAAUAAGGAGUUAAGUGCAGAGAUGCCUACAGUGAUGGUGCCUGGGGUUUGCAGGAUGCUCAUUUCGAUUCAGUGAAUUAUGUCCUCUUGUCAUGAGCAAACUUUUGUGCACUGUUCUCUUUAGGGCAGUUUUCCUCUGCUCCAGGAGGGUGUUAAAACUAAUGCAUUUGACACAGCUAAAGGAAGCAGUUCCACACUAUUCUUACUGUGUUAACCCCUGUUAUUAUCUCUUUGGGAGCCUUACAGCUUGCUGCUUUUCUUCACCCUCUCCACAACCCACCAAAGGCAAGGUACACCAAGAUGACACUUCUAGGGAGGGACUGAAAAAUGAGAAAUUCAGAAGCAAAAAGCUUUUUGUGGCAACUGUCUCUUUUGCCCGAUACCAAACCUGUCAUGGGAGACCAAUGGUUUGUGGGCCUGAACCUCUCCCCACAAGGGGGCAUGUCUUGUGCAGAAAGAAUAAAACCUGUAAGAAAUGCCAAGUGUAAACUCCCAGCCUCUGUUCCUCCAACCCUAAGUGUUUCAUUAUCUUAAUUAAGCAAUAAUAAUACAGCCUAUUUAGAAUAAUGGUACCUUCUCAAGCUUUUCUUUCCCAAGAUUUUUCCUUGAUUUCUUUUGCUACAGAGAAGAAAUCCAUCAGGUAAAUUGUAUAGCUGGUUUAGAGAAAAUGAGAAAAUGACACAUGAGAAAAUGACUACUAGAAAGUAAUAAAAUUAAAACAUUUUCUUAAACAGACUGUUCUAUUGAGUUUUUUUUCUUUCUAAAUAUUUUAGGCAGCUUUAAAACCUUUACACAUCAAAAUCUUGUGGUUCCAUGGGGCAGGUUUUUAAAGCACAACUAAUUUUUACUGUCUUACUUUGUACUUAAAAGGGUGGAAGACAGUUUUGAUUUAAGGGCAGAAUUAAAUGUAAUGAGAAUGCCCUGGAUUUGUUGCUGAGUAGCCUGUGACCCAUCCAAGCCAGAAUAGUCAAGCUACAGAUGUCUACAAAAGCACCACUUUCCUGAGGCAACCAGUCCAAGUUUGAGCCAGGCAUUUCACUGGGAAGGCAUUUGGCACAUCUAAACGUGUUUUCCCAGCUGACAUACAACAGAAAUCAUGUACCUGAAACCAUACUGAGAGUCAGCUGUUGGGUGAGCAAGUGGAGUGACAUGUUUACAGGUGUGUGGUACUGCGGUAGUACAUGACGCUAUCCUAAACUGUCACUGUCCAGUCCCAUUUCCUAGCAGGAUUCUAGAAGAGGGGGAAAUGCAGGAAUUGCCAUUCUUACAGAUGACACUAGUUUAAUACAGAGGGUGCAUAUAUGAACCUUUCCUGUGUUGAUUAUUCCUGGGAUAUUUAUAUCACAAUAUAUGACCAUUCCCUCAUUUUGCCAGGGCUGCCCCAAUACAUGGUCCUUUGAACAGAAGUCUGCUCAAAAAGUGCUUGGCUUUUUAUGGAGCAGUCUGGAAUGAUGAUUAUGUUUUUCAUUUGAAAACAUGGGCCUUUUUAUAUCUCUGACAGGAAAACACCCCUCAGGAAUCUGUACAUCUUUUCCGUUUCUCCUUUGCCUUUGUUUUCAGGAAAAUUACAUUAAGCCUAUGGAAACACAGAUCUACUCUGGACUGUAUUUCUGAAGUGCAAAUUUUUUUUCCUCUGGAAAGUAUGCAUAUAUGUGUAUUUGGGAGUCUUCAGAAGUGUAUCUUUAAUAAUCAUUAGUGGGUGCAUAUUGAUUAGCUAAACUCUUUGAUGCUCAGUUCUUCUUACAGGACUUCUAUGGUUUGUCCAAAAAGCCUGACCCUGCUUCUUCUAAAAUUAGUGCAAGUAUUGUCACUGAAUUCACGAGGACAGUAGUGGGAGGCAGUAGGAGCCUGUUGCCAACAGUAGAGACUCUCAUUUGCAGUUGGACAGUUCUUUCAAAAUACACACUGAAAAGGCAGGAAUGGCCAAUUCAAAAUUACUUGUGGAUUUGAUAAGAAACCACUGUUUUCUCUGGGAGGAACUCCCUCUAAUGUAUUUUCUGUUGAGCUAGAUUGACAAAUCUAACAAUUACUUUGCUUCUCCCAUUCUUGCAGCUCUGAUUUCAUCCUAAUUCUCAGCCCUUUAGGCAUUCAUGUGAAAUGCAAGACCCUGUAGCUUCAGGUCAUCUUCAGCUGGGAAGACCUCAACUAUCAUUUUAUUCUCACAAGACUGAGCUACAAGUACUCAAGCUGAGAGGGUACUCUAGACAUGUCUGUUGGCAACAUUCAUCUGUACUUUACGGAUCUACUCAAAUACUUUUAUUGGAGCAGAGGGCCAAGUGUCUGCCGUACCUCCCAGGUACUUGUCCUGGCCAGCAAGCUUGAGAAUAAUUUUUCUUUGGGGCUUAGAAUUAAAGUAUUAUACAAAUUAAAAAACCCAGCAAACAACAACAUCGAAACACAAAAGUUUCAGGAGUGGCUGAGACAAUUUCAGUUUCAGAAAACCCCAUAGCCUGGAAGUUGGUACAUGCUUGUGAGAGGUACACCUGACAGAAACCACCCUGCUUCAUAUCCCUGCUCCAGACCAAAGACCAGGUAGGGUUUACUGCUUUCCCACUGGACUGCAAAUGCUGUGACUUUAAAUUUCUACUGAUGAAAGAGCACAUUAAACCUUGCUCUGCCAUGGUGACAGCAGAGCUGGACAGCAAGUUCAAGGUAAAAGGGGAAUCGUCUCAGCACUGUUGUGAUUCUAGUCCUGCUCUGACCAUAAGGCUCAGACUAUUUAGUUGUUUGGCAUUAUUUUGUCAAUUCAAACUAUUUUAUGUACUUAAAUUAUCAUCAUAAUUAUUUCAGUAAGUAAGUAUAGGAGGGGACUUGUAAUCUAAAUGCUCUUUCUCUGUAUUUUUGAAGUCAACCAUUUGGUCAAACAAAGUCAACCAAUUGGUGCUCCUGUGCCACCUGCUUCAUGCGUGCAGAACACUCAGAAACUAAAAGGCAGGACUUGUUAUUUUAUUCUAACCAAAAAACAUUGCAGGAGGAUACAUGCUAUGUGAAGCACUCUCUUUUAGCAAAGAACAAUAAAAGCAGAACAGUUGCACAGAAUACAUUUGUGUCUGUGGCGGGUAUGGCAUUUGUACAGUGGCUAUUUAGUGACUCACUUCAUGUAGGUAGAAUUCUUUUCAAGUGUUGCCUAAAUAUAACAGUAUUUGACACAG